AUGGAAUCGUUAACCGGACCCGAAGCUAUCAAGAAAGCUGUGAUGCAGCUCUUCCAGAAAAACCCACUUCCAGGCACAGCAGUAGUUCACUUCAAAGUCAGCGACCAAGGUGUAACAUUAACGGACAACAAGCGAAAGUUGUUCUUUAGAAAACAUUACCCUAUUAAUACAGUAUCGCAUUGUGGACUAGAUCCUGCCGAUCAUAAGUGGCUCGUCAAUGCCGAAGAUACAGGAGCAGAGAAAAGUUCUAAUAGAAUAUUCGGCUUUGUAGCUAGAAAACCAAAUGUUAAUAAUCCCGACAACCAGUGUCAUCUAUUUGCUGAACUAGAACCCGAGCAACCAGCAGCAGCCAUUGUAAAUUUCUUAAACAAAAUUCUAACAUCUAGUGGCAUCAAACCCAACAUCGUCUGA